CAUGAUGUUAGAUUCUGAUCGACGACUAAUUCUCGAUCCCUCUCUUACCGAUAAACUCUUUCAUGUCCUAUAUAUAUGACACUCUCAGGCGACGAAAUUAAAUCUCAAGAGGGAUAAAUAUUUGAACACCCUGGGAGAUGAAAGAGAUGGAGCUUAGGACGUUCUUGCUUGCGGGGGUGACGGUGUUGGUGCUGGUCGGAGGAGGAGAGGCGCAACUGAGGCGCAGUUUCUACCAAAACUCGUGUCCGAACGUGGAAUGGAUCGUGAGGCAGGCAGUGAUGAGGAAGAUAAACCAGACGUUCGUCACAAUCCCUGCGACGUUAAGGCUCUUCUUCCAUGACUGCUUUGUUGAGGGAUGUGAUGCAUCCAUCAUGAUUUCAUCCCCAAGGGGAGAUGCUGAGAAAGAUGCAACCGAAAACCUCUCACUCGCUGGCGAUGGUUUCGACACGGUAAACAAGGCCAAGCAAGCGGUCGAGGCUGCAUGUCCUGGCGUUGUGUCUUGUGCUGACAUUCUAGCAUUGGCUGCCAGAGACGUCGUGCUACUUUCCGGAGGCCCAUGGUUCAACGUAGAGCUCGGUCGCCGUGACGGCCGCAUUUCAUCAAAAUUCAGAGUACCCGGAAACCUCCCACCCGCAAACUUCAAUCUCAACCUCCUCAACUGGAUUUUCAUGAAGAACAACCUCACGAUGACCGACAUGAUCGCGCUCUCCGGCGCACACACCCUCGGCUUCUCGCACUGCAACCAGUUCUCAAACCGUCUCUACUCGUUCAACUCCCCGUCUCGGGUCGACCCAUCCCUGAACCCGGCCUACGCCAGGCAGCUGAUGCAGGCCUGCCCAAGGAACGUGGACCCGAGGAUCGCGAUCAACAUGGACCCCACCACCCCUACCAAGUUCGACAACGAGUAUUUCAAGAACCUGGCGAGCGGGAAGGGGCUGUUCACCUCCGACCAGGUCUUGUUUACGAGCUCUCUGUCGAGGCCGACCGUGAACACGUUCGCGAAUAAUCCCUGGAGCUUCGCGCAGGCGUUCGCGAACGCCAUGGUUAAGCUAGGGAGGACUGGAGUGAAGACGGGGAAUCAAGGGGGAGUCAGGAGGGUGUGUUCAGUCUUUAAUUGAUUCUUGCUUCACAUUCGUUGGAUUUUCUCUCUCUCUCUCUCUCUCUUUUUUAUUUUGGAAAUGUUCGGCUUGAUCUUGUUUCUCUUAUUACGAAUUGCAUUGGAAUAUAUUAUAUACUGAAGUGUUUUGAUCUUUGAGGUUUUUGUAACGAGGAAUAAAAUGGAAGGACUGGCUUAGUACGUAGUAACAAAAUUUGAGAA